AUGUCACACCUCCAAUACUUCAACUACGACGGCUGGGGUCAGAAAGCAAAGCGAGACUUCUAUUACAGCCAAGCCGUCCGCAUUGGCGAUCGCAUCGAAUGCGCAGGCCAAGGUAUCGGUUGGGACCCGCAAACCUUUGUGAUCCAUCGAGAGAUCAAUGCGCAGAUUGACCAAGCGUUUGCCAACGUGGACCUGAACCUGAAGCAUGCUGGAGGAAAAGGCUGGGAGCAGGUAUUUCGGGUGAACUCGUACCACGCCCCGAUCAAUGACGAGGCCCUGGAGGCGAUGGUGCGGAAUUUCAAGAAAUGGAUGCCAAAUCACCAGCCUAUUUGGACGUGUGUUGGGGUGACGAGGCUUGGCGAGGAGGAUAUGCGGGUUGAGAUUGAAGUUGUAGCUCAUGACCCGUAA